GCAUGGCAUCAGUCUAUGGCUCCCCUGACUUUUCAGACAGGCUCGCACCCACAUGUGGCCCACUGGAUCUCUGGGGAUCCCAGUGUGGCAGAGGGUAGCAGAUGGGACUGGCAGUCUGCUGGGUGGCCCGUUGGGGGGAGGGGAAGCCAGGCCUCCAACCACAGUGUCCAGGGAGGCGUGGCUCCAUGGGCCCAUUGGAGGCCGAGAUCUCGAGGGUGGGGUGGCCCCACCCUGGCAGGCCGGGUGGCCGGUGGGCGGCACCCCCACGGGCCGGGUGGUCUGUCUGCCAGAGCCUGUCCUGCCUGGAGCCUGGCCGAGCCAGCAGCAGGGGGUACAGGGACCAAGUGGCCCAGCCCCCUGGGCAGGGUGUCAGGGCCAGAGCCCAGAGGACUGAGGUUCCGGUUCCAGUCCCAGCCGGUGCGUCAGAACUGGGUAGAUCAGGCGGCAAACAGCAACCAGGGCGCCAAGGCACCCAGAGACUCACCCGCCCCAUGCUUCUGCUGGAGUCAGGAGGGGACACCCUAUGGCUCUUUGGACCCUCGGGAUAGCUGCAGGGAUACAGUCCCCGGGGACACUGCUACAGGCUCAGAGCAUCUCUUCAGAGAACAAUGCCAGGAUGGACCACCAAGUUCUCCAGAGCACAGGCUCACAACUCAGUGGAGAGAAGAAGACAAAGAAGAGGCUGCCCGUGAGCAGCGCCAACGGGAGCGAGAGAGGCAGCUGCAGGACCAGGACCAGGACAAAGAUGAAGAUGAAGGCGAUCAUUCUCUGGGACAGCCAGGACAGCAGGCACUCCUCAGCCUAAAGUCCUCUGAACUGGAUGAAGAUGAGGGUUUUGGUGACUGGUCCCAAAAGAUGGAGCAACGACAGCAAUGCUGGGAGAAUGAGGGGACUGCAGAGGGUUGUGAGCCCUCUCAAAGUGAGAGUCCAGAGGAGCAGCAGACAGAGGACAGGUCUCAACAAGUCAAAGUCCAUCUGGAAGAAUUAAACCUGAGCCAGGGAGAGCCCAAUCCAGAGGAUGCUGUUGGGAGUUGUGGGGAGGCAGAAGAGAACCUGACAAGUCAUCAGGCCAGGACCCCCAGCCCUUUGGCCUUGGAGGAGACUGUUGAACCGAGUUCACCUCCCCUAAGCCCCACCACCAAAUUGGCUGAUAGGACCGAGUCCCUGAAUCGCUCCAUAAAGAAGAGCAACAGUGUGAAGAGGUCCCAACCAACCUUGCCCAUUUCCACAAUUGAUGAGCGCCUGCAGCAGUAUACCCAGGCCACUGAGUCUGCUGGCCGAACUCCCAAGCUGUCCCGACAGCCCUCCAUAGAGCUGCCCAGCAUGGCUGUGGCCAGUACCAAGACUCGUUGGGAGACAGGAGAGGUACAGACUCAGUCUGCCUCCAAGACACCCUCCUGCCAGGAUAUUGUAGCUGGAGACAUGAGCAAGAAAAGCCUGUGGGAGCAGAAAGGAAGCUCCAAGAUCUCAUCCACCGUCAAGAGCACCCCAGCUGGAAAGAGGUACAAGUUUGUGGCCACUGGACAUGGGAAGUAUGAGAAAGUGCUCGUGGAUGAGGGCUCAGCACCAUAGACCAUGGAUGUAUCUUGGAGAGACUCCAAUCAGAUGCCACUCCCAGCCCUGACCGAGAAGUUGCUUCCUGUUGCCAUUCUGGCCUGCUCUGGAGCCUCCAACAGCCCAACUGCCACCUCCCCUCCUUUUGCUCCUGGACCCUCUGUCUUCUAUGCCCUCUCAAUCUUUUACCGACUCUCCCAACUCUGCCUCUCAUCAUCAGCUAAAGGAACCACCCUCUAGAGGAGCCAAGAGCUCCCAAAGAAGGAUGGAGGAGAGAAGGCCAGCAUCCCAACCAGAUCCAAGGGAUACCUGUCCCCAUACUGAAUGCUCAGGACUCUGAGUCCUGCCCUUCCCUGUUUGCAUAUCCCUCAUUUUAUGUAAUAAAGCACCUUAAGUGGCCCA